CCGGGGCACGGCCCGAGUGCGGCGGGACCGGGAGUGCGGUGGCACCGGCGCGUCCGCGGCGGCUGCAGGGUGGAGCGGGGCCGGGGAACGCUGCGAGGCCGGGGCACCGCUUCGCCCCGGGAGCCGCUUGCCCUGGUGUGACGGGUCGAGGCGGGAGAUGUCCACUCCCCCCCUGGCCGGGGCAGGGAUGCCGCCGGGCGCCUUCUCCGGGACGCAGGCUCAGGCUGCCCGCGAGGUGAACACGGCUUCGCUCUGCCGCAUCGGCCAGGAGACCGUGCAGGACAUCGUCUUCCGAACCAUGGAAAUCUUCCAGCUACUGAGGAACAUGCAGUUACCAAAUGGUGUUACUUAUCAUACUGCAACAUAUCAAGACAGACUGGCAAAGCUGCAGGAACAUCUCCGCCAGCUAUCAAUACUCUUCAGAAAACUGAGAUUAGUCUAUGACAAAUGUAAUGAAAACUGUGCUGGGCUCGAUCCUGUUCCCAUAGAACAACUUAUUCCAUAUGUUGAAGAAGAUGGCUCCAAGCAUGAUGAUCGUGGUGCUGCAAGUCAGCUUCGUUUUGCUACUGAAGAGAGAAGGGAAAUCAUGGAAGUUAAUAAGAAACUGAAACAGAAGAAUCAGCAGCUGAAGCAGAUCAUGGAUCAGUUACGAAAUCUUAUUUGGGACAUAAAUGCCAUGUUGGCAAUGAGGAACUGAACAAGGAAAAUCAAUCUUUGUACCUGAAGAAGAUACAAAUCUGUUUGGAUAUACUUAACUUCCUUCUAAGAAGUAACAUCUUUUUCCACAAUUAUAUUGCAGUAAUGUUUGAAAAGUCUCAAAGAUUAAAAUGUUGGGUUUUUUUCUAGUAAUGUAAGUGGUUUUGGGUUUGUUUUUAUAGAAGAUUCAUUGUGUAAGUUUUACCUCUGUGAUUCUGCUUACAGCCUCAGUAAUUUACUGUAGUAGUUUGGAUUCCUAUGCAGAAAGGGGGUUUAUAAAUUAAGUGUUUCUGAAUUUUCUUUAUAAUACAAUUAAAAAUUAUAAAAACGUAUGUUUAUAUGCAGUUUAUUCUGUAGUGCAAAUAGCCUCUACAGAGAAGAAAAGUUGCAAGACAGGAAAGUUACUCCAGAAAACUAGAGGGCUGAAAUCAGCAAUCAGAUACUGCAAUUCAGUCUGCAGUACUUUUUGUAUUAUCUGCAGUGCAGAGCAGAGCAGGACAAUCCCCUCCCUUGCCUGGCUGGUGAUGCUGCCCCUGAUGUCCCCAGGACAGGGUUGGCCCUCCUGGCUGCCAGGGCACUGCUGGCUCAUGUCCAACUUGCCAUUGACCAGGACCCCCAGGUCCCUUUCCAUGGCACUGCUCUCCAGCCUCUCAUUCCCCAGUCUGUACACACAGCCCCAUCCCAGGUGCACAAUCCAGCACUUGCCUUUCUUAAACUUUACACAGUUGGAGAUUGGCCAACCCUUUAAUUUGUGGAGGUCUCUGCAGGGCCUGUCUGACCCUAAGGGAGUUGACAGCUCCUCCCAAUUCAGUGUCAUCCACAAACUUACUCAGUAUUCCUUACCAUCCUGCAUUAAAGAGCACAGGGCCAAGGAUGGAGCCCUGCAGGACCCCACUGGUGACAGUCACCACUUUGAUGUGCCCCAUUCACUGUAAGGGACAGCCACCACUCUGAUGUGCCCAUUCACUGUAGCCCUUUGUGCCCAACCCAUCAGCCAGUUGCUUACGUGUCAUGUGACUCAGAUAUCCAGCUGUGUGCUGGGCAUUCUGUCCAGAAGGCUUCUGUGAGAGACAGUGUCCAAAAGCUUUGCUGAAGUCCCAGAAGAUCACAUCUGCUGGCUUUCCUAGAUCACCUAGGUGGGUUUACCUGUUGUAGAAGGAAAUCAGGUUCAUCAAGUAGGACAUCCCCUCAUGAAGCCAUGCUGGCUCUCAACAACUGUUACUGGUGGUGUAUUUCUGUAUUUAUGGUUGGAAUACUUUGGUUUUGUUUAUCAGAAUGCACUGAAUAAAGACCUCAUUAAUCUUUUCCCCGUGACUAUCAGUCCUAGUAAAUUUGGAGUAUAUGAACAGUUCAUUAUUUUGA